AUGAGUGACCUCAGAAACAGUUACCAAACUGUGUGGGACAAGUUUAGAGAUCAAACUGCAGCUGAUCGAGAUGCUUUCCUGACUGACUCAUUCCCUGCUGGCUUCCAGUGGGCAACAUCCAGUGAGUCCUUCAAGGUUGAAGGAGGAUGGUCAAAGGGAGGAAAGGGUGAGACCAUUUGGGACCGUUUCGGGCAUCAAGGCCAAGCUUUUGAAAAUCAAACUGCUGACCUCGCAUGUGACAGUUACCACAAGGUGGAUUAUGAACUGUACCUCCUGCGAGGUCUCCAAGUCAACACCUUCCAGUUUUCUAUCUCCUGGGCCCGUAUUUUCCCUUCAGGCCACAAUGACAGCCAAUCAGAGGAUGGGGUUCUCUACUAUAACAGCCUCAUCGACGCUCUCAUUGAAUCAGGCAUCAAACCUAUUGUCACUCUCUACCACUGGGAUCUGCCCCAGGUUCUCCAGGACAGAGGUGGGUGGACUGACGCUUCCAUUGUCGAGGCCUUCAAAGAGUAUGCAGAUUUUUGUUUUUCUGAAUUUGGGGACCGGGUCAAGACCUGGAACACAUUCAGUAGUCCCUGGGUGGUGAGCCAUGCUGGAUAUGGCACCGGUGAACAUGCUCCUAGUGUCAAGGACUACGUGACUGCAGCCUAUCAGGUCACUCACAAUAUUCUGAAGUCCCAUGCUGAAGCCUGGCAUGUCUACAAUGACAAGUACAGAACGGCACAACAAGGUCAAGUGGGCAUCGCAUUAAACGCUGACUGGGCAGAACCAGCAGAUCCCCACAAAUCUGAAGAUGUUGCUGCCACAGAGCGCUACCUUGAGUUUAUGCUGGGCUGGUUUGCACAUCCCAUAUUUGGAGCCGGAGACUAUCCUUCAAUUCUGAAAACUCAAAUUGAAGAGAAAAGAGCAGCAUGUCCAUUCUCUGUGCCUGCAAUACUACCAACGUUCACUUCUGAAGAGAUGAAGAGAAUUGUUGGCACGGCUGACUUUUUUGGACUGAACCAUUACACCUCCCGGGUAAUCACACACAAUAAUGGUGGCUGCGUCGCAGGUCCUGAGGGGGUGGGUAACUUCAGAUCAGAUGUGCACCCCUCAGGGAAUGCCACAGCCUCUGACUGGAUCUCCUCUGUGCCUUGGGGCCUGAGAAGGCUUCUAAACUACAUUUCAACAGUGUACUUACAAACUAGGAAAGUACCAAUCUAUAUAACUGGGAAUGGGAUGCCAACAGAGAACACUGGGGACAUCAUCAAUGAUCAAAGCAGAAUACAGUACUUGAGGAGCUACAUCAACGAGGCAUUGAAAGCUGUAAAACAGGACAAUGUAGAUGUGCAGAGAUUUACUGUACAGUCACUUCUGGAUGGCUUUGAAGGUCCACAAGGCUACAGCGAACGUUUUGGUCUGCAUUAUGUCAACUUCGAUCUGCCUGACAGACCCAGGACCCCAAGACAGUCUGCCUACUUUUACUCAGAGGUCAUUGAGAAAAAUGGUUUUGCUCCACAAAACACAGUCUUUCAUAGUUCACAAGAGAAAAAGCUGAAGUCAAAGAAAGUAGGACCACUGCCACCGUCCACCGUCCCAUCCAGUGCCACAGAUGUUUGGAGAAAGUUCACAGGUCAAACAACUUAUGAGAAGAAGCUCUAUCACUAUGGCACUUUCCCAGAAGACUUCAGCUGGGGAGUUUCUUCUUCAGCUUACCAGAUUGAAGGUGGCUGGAAUGCUGAUGGGAAAGGGCCCAGUGUCUGGGAUACCUUUGCUAAUGCACCUGGUAGUGGUAUCCCUGAGGGUGCCAAUGGAAGUACAACCUGUGAUAGUUACAACAGAUUCAAUGAAGAUCUUUACAUGCUGCGAGGUCUGAGGGUAAACUCAUACAGAUUUUCUAUUUCCUGGUCCAGGAUCUUUCCUAAUGGAAGGCUUUCCUCCCUGAACCAGAAAGCGGUUGACUAUUACAACAAUCUCAUUAACAGCCUUGUAGCAGCAAAUAUCUCCUCGAUGGUAACACUUUAUUAUUAUGACCUCCCUAAUGCUUUGCAAACUGAGCUGAAUGGCUGGGAAAAUCCUGAAAUGAUUGAUGUUUUUAAUGACUAUGCUGACUUCUGUUUUGCCACUUUUGGUGACAGAGUGAAAUUUUGGAUAACUUUCCAGCAGCCUGACACAAUUGCUUGGUUAGGAUAUGGAACUGGACAGUAUCCUCCCAGGAUUAGAAAUCCAGGAACAGCACCAUACCAAGUUGCACACAACCUGAUUAAAGCUCACGCUACAGCUUACCAUACAUAUGAUGAUAAGUACCGUGCUUCCCAAGGUGGCAAAGUCUCCAUUGCCCUGAAUGCUGAUUGGAUCGAGCCUGUUGAUGUUAAUAAUCCCCGUGAGGUAUACGCUGCUGACCGUGCAAUGCAAUUCCAAUUAGGUUGGUUUGCCCACCCCAUUUUCAAGAAUGGUGACUAUCCUGAUGCACUGAAGUGGCAAGUUGGAAACAAAAGUGAACUCCAAGAACUUUCAGAGUCAAGACUACCUUCCUUCAGUGAAGAAGAAAAGAGCUUAAUUCAGGGAACUGCUGACAUGUUAUGUGCAAAUCAUUACACUACACAAAUAGCAACCCAUGUAAUAAGUCAGACUACCCCCCCAUCGUUUGAAUAUGACAGGGACUUUGAACUUGCUGAGGAAAGUGAUGCACCAAGCACAGUCAUUGAUGGGCAGAGAGCUGUGGCUUGGGGCUUGAGAAGACUUCUUAACUGGAUCAAAGAGGAAUAUGGAAAUCCAGAGAUUUAUAUCACUGAAAAUGGAGUGGCCACAGAUUCAACAACAACAUUUGAUGACACAGACAGAAUCUUUCUCUACAAAACCUACAUUGAUGAGGCUUUAAAGGCUCACAAUCUGGAUGGAGUGAAUGUGAAAGGAUAUGUGGCAACAUCUCUCAUGGAUUCCUUUGAGUGGCUCAGAGGAUACGAACUUGGAUUUGGUCUACACCAUGUUGAUUUCACAAACCCCAGCCGGCCAAGGACACCAAAGCGCUCUGCACAUUACUACUACCAAGUCAUUAAAGACAAUGGCUUCCCAAUGCCAGAUGACGAGAAGACUCUUUAUGGAUUUUUUCCAGAAGAUUUUCGUUGGAGCACUGCCAGUGCUGCUCAUCAGAUCGAAGGAAGCUGGAGAACCCAUGGAAAAGGAAUGAGCAUCUGGGACAAGUUUGCUCAUACUCCUUAUAGAGUGUCCAACUUCGACACUGGGGAUAUUGCUUGUGACAGCUACAACAAGAUUGACGAGGAUGUGGAAGUGCUCAAGAAGCUGAAAGUGACCAACUAUCGAUUUUCUAUCUCCUGGCCCAGAGUCCUGCCUGAUGGCACGAACAAAUACAUCAACGAAGAGGGACUGAACUACUACAGCAGAUUAAUAGAUGCCUUGCAUGCAGAAAACAUCCUUCCACAGGUCACCUUGUACCACUGGGACCUUCCCUUGGCCCUACAGAGAUUGGGAGGCUGGGAGAAUGAAACCAUAGUCCAGCGUUUCAAAGAAUAUGCUGAUGUUAUAUUCGAGAGACUUGGGCACAAAGUGAAGUUUUGGAUCACUCUCAAUGAACCAUACAUUGUGGCCAACCUUGGCUAUGGAUAUGGCACUUUUGCUCCAGGUAACAGCUUCUCUUAUCAGUACAUUGCAGCUCACAACCUGCUCAAGGCUCAUGCUGAGGUUUGGCAUCUUUAUAAUGACAAGUAUCGUGCAACACAAAACGGGCUUAUUUCCAUCACCAUCAAUUCGGACUGGGCAGAGCCAAGAAACCCUUACAAGGAAGAGGACAUUGAUGCAGCUCAGCGCUACAUACAGUUCUUCAUUGGCUGGUUUGCCAAUCCUGUCUACAAUGGAGAUUAUCCUGAGAUCAUGAAAACAAUCAUUCGUGAGAGAAGUCUUGCUGCAGGACUUCCAGAAUCACGUCUUCCAGAGUUUACCCCUGCUGAAAUCGAGAGGAUCAAGGGGACUCAUGAUUAUUUUGGCUUUAACCAUUACACAACUGUCCUUGCAUAUCAUUCUCCCAGAUUGAAUCUGCAGGAUUAUGAAGGCGAUCGCAAAGUGGAAACUGUUGCGGAUCGUUCCUGGAUCGAGUCUGGCUCUUUCUGGUUGAAGAUCACACCUUUUGGAUUCAGGAAACUUCUUAAGUUCAUCAAGGAUAAUUAUGGAAACCCACCCAUCUAUGUGACGGAGAAUGGGAUCUCAGAACGAGGAGAAGUGAAUCUCAACGACCUUCGCAGAAUACACUACUAUGAGACCUACAUUAAUGCAGCUUUGAAAGCCAAAACACUGGAUGGAGUUGAUCUGAGAGGAUACACCGCCUGGUCACUAAUGGACAACUUUGAGUGGGCUUCUGGCUACGAUGAGCAGUUUGGACUUUUCUAUGUAAACCGUUCUGACUUCAACCUUCCGAGAAUCCCCAAAGCAUCAGCCUCUCGUUAUGCCUCCAUCAUCUCCUGCAACGGUUUUCCAGAUCCAGCCAGUGGACCCCAUGCCUGUUUGGAGUCUGAUGGUAAGACAACCCAGAACCUUGAGAACAAAGUGGACUUUUUGGGUUUGGAGCUUCUCGCGCAAGAUGCAGAAGUGGCCCUUUAUGUCCUGUUUGCAUUUGUUCUUGUAGGUGUAGUCAUUAUUGCUGUUGCCGUUUUUGGGCUCUUGAAAGCUAAAAAGAAAGUGAAAAAAGUGAAGGCUGAGAACUUAAAGAUGGACAAAAUGUGA